AUGAAGGAUUCCGAGUCUGGCGAGAUGGGCUUUUUCGUUGCGCCUCGCGCCAGGCCCAAGAAAGCGUUUCUUGCGGGCAAAGUCUUCACCGGAGGCGCCAUCGCUCUGGGCUUGGUUGUCCUUGUUUUCGGAAUCGGUCUCCUCGCUUCUCACUGCGAGCAUUCGUUUCGUCCUGCUGCCGAGCUCCUUCAGGCGGAGCACAUGGUGUCUGAGGCGGCUCAUGAGCUCGUCGUCCGUGGCGAGGGAAGCGAGAGGGGCAUCGUGUUUCGCUCGGUAGUUGAUGCCAUGGCCCUCAAGGUCGCUGGCUCCUCGGGACUCGGGACUAUCACCAUCACUGCCACUGCCACUGCCACUUCCACCGCCACCGCAACUGCAUUCAAGCCUGUCGGCACCGUCGGCACCGUUGGCGGAACUGCUCGCGCUGUGACUACGCAGUCGGACACCGCUCAAACUUCUCGGAUGCCCUCUGGCCAGUCCACGGCCGAGACUGCCCAGGAGGAGCACUCCUAUACGGGCAGCUCUGACGCGGCACCAAUCGGCGUCAGCGUUCCGAUCUCGACGCAUACCAACCUGUCGACUAUCUACAGCAUCCGGAGCACCGUCAACACUACUGUCCACCUGACCAAGACAAGGACGGCCACGACCACCGUGACACUGCCAGUCUCGUCCGAGUCCGUCUCGUCUGCGGCGGACGCUGGCAUAUGCUCUGCCGGCACUGCCACCAAGACUGUGUCUGUCUACGUCACAGUCUCUCCGCUGCCUGACCAGACCGUCACGGGCGAUGCGUCGACGGCUACCCAGGUCAAUACGGAUCUCUCUCUCACCAACCGCCUUCCGGAUGUCACCCUGCCGGGCAAGCCUUCUACCCACACUGCAGUGCAGACCGACGUUUCCCUCACCAAGGGUCUGCCUGAUGCGACCGUGUCGGGGAAUCCCGAGACCCUGACAAACGUCAAGACUGACGUCUCCGCGACGACGGGUCUCCCGGAUGCCACCGUCUCUGGAAACCCUAAGACGGUCACCAAUGUCAAGACCAGCGAGAGUUUGACCUCGAAGACCACCACCGCGGCCACGACCGUUGUCAUCACGGAUCUCUGGGACUCUGUUCGCAGCUCCCGCAGAACCUUGACGGCAACCGUCACCAUGAAAGAGACUGUCGCCGCCACCGAAGGCCCCACAGUCGUGACCAUCACGGUUUCGGACCUCUACGGCCCCGGGGCGAAGCCGUCAGGCUCGUCAUCUGCUCUGGCCGAUGCUGCCACAGGGCCAGCUUCCGGUACCGAAGCCCUGACCACCGAGACGGUGACCGUGACGCAGACUGGAGGUCCUCCGGCCACCUCGAUCACCACGGUUCAUAUCACGCCUGCCAAGAACACCACUGCUGCAGGCUAUCCCUAUCCCUCGGGGAGCGCCGCGGCGACGGCACCCAUCGAAGUAUCCGGGAGCAGCAAGCAGCCCCAGCCCCGGGGCUGGGGUGGCGGCGGAUCCGUCAACCUCAGCUGCACCGUCAUGCUGAUUGCGGCCAUGAUGUUUGCGCUAUAA